AUGCUCGAACCCUUGAAUAAUGCACAGAUCUUGGGACUCGCUGGCCAAAACGCUACUGAAGAGUACGAUCCUGUGUAUCCCCCGGGCACGCUGGAAGAAUACCUUUCAAACGAGGACAGACGGGGAACAGUUGACCCCAACACCUUGACAAGGGAGGAGGCAGAGAAGGAGGAAAAGAGCCUUGAGGAUAGAGCUCCGCCCCUUGACAGCCUACUGAACCUGGACGAGAUCGAAGAUGUUGCAACUAAACAACUUAGUCGAAAAGCGUGGGCUUAUUACUAUAGUGCUGGGGACGACCUCAUAUCGAAGCGUCUGAACAACGAAGUGUACCGAUCGAUACUCCUCCGGCCUCGAAUAUUCGUUGAUUGUGAGCUUUGUAAUCCCUCCACCACUAUCAUGGGAUGCAAGGUUGGCUUGCCAGUAUUCGUGUCACCGGCAGCUAUGGCUAGAUUGGCGGAUGCCGCUGGGAAAGCAGGCAUCGCUCGGGCUUGUUUUCGUCUCACAGCUCUCCAGAUGAUAUCUAACAACGCCUCGAUGACGCCCGAGCAAAUUAUCGUAAAGAAGAGUGAGGAUAUGCUUGCUCGAAGAAUCGCCAUCCCGACCAUCAAAUUCGUCUGUCUUACACUUGACGCACCUGUUCCGGGCAAGCGAGAGGAUGAUGAAAGGUCCAAAAACGUGGGGUCAAUCCUUCCAUUCACGUCAGCAGCUCAAUCAGGCUCUGCCAGCAAAGCAACUUCAGGUGGUAUUGGUAAAUCGCUGUUCGCAGGUACUUCGCCCAACUUGACUUGGAAAAACACUAUGCCUUGGCUUGCUGAGCACACGAAAUUGCCAAUACUCCUCAAAGCCAUUCAGACUCACGAGGAUGCCUAUCUGGCAUCACUACAUGCUCCACAGGUUAAAGGCAUUCUUUUGUCCAAUCAUGGCGGCAGGGCAGCGGAUACUGCACCGCCUGCAAUCCAUACGCUAUUAGAAAUACGCAAGUACUGCCAGGCGGUCUUGCAGAAGGUCGAAGUCCUUGUAGAUGGCGGUAUCAAAGGGGAACAGAUGUGGUCGAAGCCCUUUUCCUUGGGGCUAGGGGGAUCGGCAUAG